AUGGAUCCAGUUAUCGUCACAGUCGAAACCAAGGCGAAGGCCGCUCAAGAAACCUGUCGCUUUCUCAUUAUGCUCCCUCCAGAAGUGCGAGAUAUGAUCUAUCGCUACCUCCUGGUAAAAGACACACCCAUCAGAAUAACACCACUGCCUCACAUCCCAAUUUCGCGCCCGCGAACCUUCCAUUCAGCAAUCCUCCGCACAAACAAGAAGAUCUACGAGGAAGCACGCUCCAUCUUCUAUUCAGCCAACUUGUUCGUUGUAGGCAAUGGGGAUACGUAUACUCGCAAUGUUCCUAAUCUAGAGGGCCUCAAGGUCUUCAUCAAGCGAGUUCCGAAAUCUUGCCUCCCAAUGAUCAAGAACAUAGAGUUGGAAAUGCGCUUAAAGCCGCUUUAUCCGACCUUAACACUGCCUGAAUUUGGUAACGGGUAUAUCAUGUCUUCUCUGUCCGAAGACAAGUUUACCACCAUCUGUGCCAUUCUAAAGGCCUAUUUUCACGGCUUCAGUACUCUUCGGAUUAUGAGUUGUGUCCGUGGGGGUCUUUCGAUAUCAAAUGGUGUGAUUCUCACGAGCGCGCAAUCGCGUGGACAUAUGAAAAAGGGUGUAGACUUGUUGAGAGAGUGGGGUCCGGAACCUGCUGAGGAUAGCGACUGCAUCGAUUUCACGUUCUUGGAGGACCUGCGAUUGACGAAGCAGCAAGUAGAAAGCUUUCUGGACGCUAUGGCUGACAAGGAAGCUCUACAAAAAUAUUAGGAGAUCCUAAAGAAGACUUGAGAGUUGGCUCGUACGUAUCGGAAUGCCGUGGCUUGGAAGAAGACCUGACCCUGGUGUUGUACUGUAAGACUUAUAUUGGGGUUUGCUUUCCGGUAAUUGAUUGAAG